AUGGCGCCCCGGACCCGUGGCCACGGCUGGACCAAGGACGAGAUGCAAGUCUUCACCAUCAGUGUCCAAGAGGAUAUGAGGGACCCGCGGAUCCACUCUUACAUGCAGGUUUACGUCCUCACUGGUAGAAAGCCGUUGAAGCCAGGCACCGGCGCCGCCUCAAGAACCAGCUGA